CGUGGUGGAGGGGUGGGGGUGCAAAAUCUGUAGAGGGCAAAUCCAACGAACCGAUUUAUUUAUUUUCCUUCCGUCGGCCAAUGGGAUUUUGGCGGAGGCGAGAGCCUGUUUGACCAAUGGCAUUGGCUCGGCCCAGCUGUUAAAAGACUUGGCCGGCACGGGCAGCAGCUGGCACAUGACUCUCAAAGCCAAGAGCAACACGGCCACAACGUUGUUUUGUGUGUGUGUGUGGGUGGUAGUGGGGAGGCGGAGGGGGGAUAGUGUUACAUGUUCGCCGAUCGACUGGGAUUAAUAUUUUCUUAUAUGAAAUUCGUUCGAUCUACUAAGAAGAAGAAGAAGAGCUGAAUCGAUGUCAGCUUGCGCGUAUGAGCGUCGUCGAGUCGCCGUGCCCGGAGUGGCGUGCGUGCCAUCGCACGGAGAGCUGGAUUCCAACCCGGGGGGCUUUUCCCUGCACCCGGCGACCUCAGCGAGCCCGCACCCCGCGGACCCUGACGCGGCACCCCCGCGUCACGCGCUCUCCUCUCCCCCCUCCAACCACCAACGGCCCCCGCACGGCUCCCACGGCCGACCUCUGCCCUUCUGCUGCCCGCUGCCCUCGACUCCCCGCCACGUGCCGUACCCGGCGGACGUCCGUCACCUCCGCCCGGGGCAGCUGAGCCCAGCGGAGAGCGACGACGUUCGUCUCUCAGCGUGGGGUCCGCUGGAUGGAGGAGGCGAUGGAGGAGGCGGUGGUGGUGCCGAGCGGUGUCAGCUGGCCCCACCGCGUGGGUCGCUUCACGGAGACCCUUCGGGCUGGGCCGGGGUCUAUGGGCAGCAGCAGCAGCACCACCACCACCCGCCUCCUCUGCUGCCCCAUCCUCCGCCACCCCCUCCGCUGCCCUCCCUGAUGUCUGCGCUGCAAGCCGAGGGCCCCGCUGUGGCCGAGUGGCUCGCGAUGGCCGCGGUGGCGGCGCACAGCCCCGGAGCUGCGUCGGAGGCUGGGUCGAGCCACGACGGAGAGAUGAUGAUGGGUGACAUUAUGGACGACAUCAUGGGGCUCGAGUCGAGCUACAGCGACGAGGAGCUGGGCCGGGCGCACGCGGCCCACGUUGCCGUCGGCACGGUGACACCGCGUGGCCGAGCGGGCGGCUUCAGGGGCCACCACGCGGCACUGGGACAGAUGCACACGCUGCCACCCAUGACCUGUGGCGACUCCAUCAAGGUGGAGAUCACGGAAUUGGAAGCUCGCGCGCUGGUGAAGGAGAGGAGGAAAAAGGAGAGCCACAACCUCAUCGAACGGCGAAGAAGGUUCAACAUCAACGAUCGUAUCAAGGAGCUGGGAGCCCUGAUCACCAAGUCGAGCGAUCCGGACAUCCGCUGGAACAAGGGCACCAUCCUGAAGGCGUCGGUUGACUACAUCCGCCGCCUGCAGCGCGACCAGCAGCGCUCGCGUGACAUGGAGACGCGGCAGCGGCUGCUGGAGGAGGCCAAUGCCAUCCUGGGCCUGCGCAUACAGGAACUUGAGAGGCAGGCCCAGGCCAGCGGCCUGCCACUUGUCUUCUCUUCCAGCCUGGAAGAGGAGGAGCAGCCAGGCUGGCUGGCCAGGCGGGGCUCAGGCACCGAAGUGGAGCAGGCCGAGCCGCUGAGUCCCACGGCAACAGUUUCCCAUGGCAACGGCGGUGGCCAUUGCCCGUCAGACAGAAGGCAGUGGCCCCACGUGGGCGCUCCCUCGUGCUGCUACGCAAGUCCGUUCAAGCGCAGCUUCGAUAGUGGCGGAUUAUCUGCAGAGGGCAGCCUAUCCCCAUCAUAAACAAAAAAAAAUUGUUUGAAGCGACGCCCGGAACGGGCGUCCGAUCUCGUCGCAUCUCACAAGCUAAAGCAGGCUCGAGCCCUGGUUAGUUAUUAUUUCGUGGUUUCUUAACACAGACCCAAAGGACCCAGACGCAUUGCGGUCAGCAACAAACGGCGCCAUUAAAAUUGUAGUCGACGAAUCGUAUUACGUUUUUUUUAGUUGAGCAAGGUUACUGUACGAGCUUGGGAAGAGAGACGAUGGUAGGAGGGAAUUUCAAAUGCAAGCGGUGCGAUUGAAGACUCAGAAAGAGAAGCGUUGUGACCUUGUGCAGUGUUGUGAGUGGGUGAGCGAGUGGGAGAACGAGCGAGGUGGGUGGCUGUGUAAGUGAGCGAGUUGUUGUGACGGGUGAGACGAAACGGUCUGGUGGCAGACCGAGUCCUCAAUGCGAGUGGGGGAAUCAAAGAGUGGAGUUCACGGGAACAGUAAUCAUGGUAGUAGCGAUAGAAGAAUGAUUGUAUGGGGGGAGACCAUGAGGGUUGCCACUUCUGAGAUAUAAAAGAAAACAGGGGACAUAGCAUGGGAAGAUGAUUAUCUCGCAAUACUGGAAGAGGCGAGAACUACAAACAAAUGCAUUGCCUUGAGUUGUGUAUUAUUAUGUAAGUAGUAAAAUAACCUGGGAUUGUUAAUGUCCUGGGAAGACUCACAGGACAGGUGGCAACCCUAGUGGCCACCACACAAGCCAGGCAACCACACUACCUGAUGGGCAGUGCGGCAUAAUACAUUGUUGUACUCUACUUUCUAUGUUCCCAUCUUCUAUGCUCCCCACCUUCACCAGCCAGCACUAACCACAUCGGUGAAGCAUGGUCAAAUUGCACCCCCACGACCCGCGCGGCGCAGGGAGGCCCUCGUCUAGCGGUGGAUUUCCAAGAAGGGGGGCUGUGCAUUUAGACUUAAAACUUUCGCGACUGCAGGAAUUCAUACUCUUGGUUCUUUCGGAAAAGUCACCUAGGGGCUGUGCAUGUUCAUAAUUGCACAGGGUUGCCGCUUGUACAUGAUUCGUAUGGACAGAACUAUUGGGAGGCAUGGUGGUGCAGCAGUAACACUUGUGACCCACGAAGGGGGGGCCCUGAGUUCGACUCCCGGACUUGACGCCUUUCUGAGUGGAGCUGGUAUGUUCUCGCCCUGUCCUGCAUCGGUUUCUUCUGGGUUCUCGGGUUGCCUCCCAUCGCAAAAAAGAAGACCCAUACAAUCAGUUUAACAUGUAGGCUUUCGCGACCAAUAUUGAAUGAAUGGAUGAAGACCCAUACAAUGUAACCUGCAUUGGCCAAACAUCGCAGUGCUGGAAAAAAAUGACCUGCAAAUGACUCAAUCGGGAUUACACACAGAGCAACAGCAGCAGCAACAUCGCCGCCCUCCUGUGAAAACGUGGCAGGACCCUCCUGAAGACGAGUUGAAACUCGUUGAGUGAUGCUCUUCCUUGGUAAACAAGCGUAGAUAGUAAUAAUAAUAACAACGCCUGCCAUACGAUGGGGCUCCAGAGCAAUAUUUGUACUCGUUUUGACCAUUGAAAUAGCUCAGCGUGAUUUGACACCGGUUUGUUUGCCAGGAUAUAUCGUGCCUUUGAAGUACAUGUAGUACAAUACUCUCAUGCCUCGUAUCGCUGUCCAUGUUUUGAUGAACUCAAAUGUGGCGGCCCUUUUCUAACUCGCGGGCGAGUAACCGGCGGCUUGCGACCGGAAGUUCCACUGGUGUUGAACUCACUCAGCCCACCAUCCCUCUGGGGGUCCAUAAAAUAAGUACCAUGGUGUGUGGAAGUCGACAGUGGUUGUCCAAUGGAGAGAGCCGCCCCUGACAUAGGAACGCGGAAUUUUCAUCACCGGCUCGUGACUGUAAAUAGGAGAUGAGCAUGGGGUCAAUGCCCUUUCGGGGCAGCGAAUCACUCUGACAUUAUUGUUAUCAUUAUUCUGUAGCGACGCGUUUAUUGACGGCUCACAACCGAUUCUCGCGCCUCGCAAUGCAAUCGACGUCUUGCAUGUGCAAGACGUCGAUUAUUUGCGGAUUGUUCAAACGUUGUGCUCACGUGACAUUUAAAGGCUAACGGGCGGAAACAAAACCGCGCAGAGGAGUAAUUUAUAAUACUAAUAAAGCGACAAGCUUGCAAAUCGGAUUAAAAAAUAUAUUUAAUCGAUUCUUUAAUCGAAUUGUGAUCUCGAAUUGUGAUCUCGAAUUGUGAUGAUGAAUCAAUCUCCUGGGGGGCAGGGGAUGGGGGUAAGGGGGGGGCGUGGGUGAGCGGUGGCGUUAUCCUCAUAGUGUUUAGUUGUUUACAACGUCAUUAUUAUUGCUGUUGUUAUUUUCGGGGGUUUUGUUGUAAUGUUUUACCGGUAAUUUGGGCAGCUCAUCAUCAUUAUUAUGCCUGUUCUUAAAAGUCCUGCUGCAACGAGUUCGAGCUGACGUGCCUUGUUUUCUACUGAAUCAGAACUUUAAGACGUUCAUAAACGUCUGGCAGUCAUUGUGUGCCUAAUUACUAGCGACGCGUAUCGCAACAAUGCGACCCCUCUAUUUCCGCAAAAAAAAUUGUUACGGAUAUUAGGACGAACGAUUUGUUUUUUUUUAAACUAACCAGCUUCUUUCUCAAUCCGCUGCUGAAACCAAAGCCAUGCCAUGUCGGUCGUUGAAGGCUGUGUGACCGUACUUCACCAGCCUGAGGGCCAGAAUUAGAUCGGAUAUCACUCCUCCUCCUGUUGAUGUAGAGUGACAGCUGCGAGGUGUGUGCUUCAUGAGCCGGAUGAUUGCGUCAGGAGUUGCGGAACCGUGCAGCGUCGCUGCGAUGGUGACGAUGCCGACCCUUCGUCUUUGUGAAUCGGGGGCACCGAGUUUGCGUUCCACGUUCCACGGCUCUCUUCUGGGUGGUGAUCACGGUCGCACCGCGCACUGCGGGAGAGAGUUAUUGAUUUUCAACGUGUGAAUUGUCAAUAUGGUCACCGGGUAUCCGCGUCCGCUGCCGCCACCAUGGUUUUGUCGGGCUUUUUGAUGUUAGUCGUGGUAAGAAAUCUAAAAACUCAGGUGGAGUGCUGGGGCCGACCCCUGCCGCUACCACUCCAUCCAGGAUUAAGUUGCCCGAUGGAUGAUGAGGACCCUUCGUAGAUAGAUGCUGGUUGUGGAUAUGUAGAGAUUGCAGAUGUAAGAUGAGUCUAGAUAAGAGGGUUUCACCGCAAGUUAUUUCUGACAUUGCUAGUGCUUAUGCGGAGUGGUGGCGCAGUGGUUAGCGUCCUUCACUUUGAGCCUGCCGACCCGAGUUCAGUUCCCGGCCACGGCUAUCACAAGCGGGGAGUGCUAUCUGAACCGGUCCUGGAACUUCCCCUUCACCAACCCGCACUGACCAGCGCGGUGAAGUAUGGUCAAACAUGACCACCCCCCUCUCCGAUGACCAGCACGGCGCAGAGAGGCCUUCAUCCAGCAGUGGAUCAUUGACAAAGGCCCGAACGUUAUUACUGUUACUACUGCUCGCGUAAGUAAAUGCCAUUUUAUAAUGCUUUGAUUAAUUAGCGUGAUACGUUUUAUAUGCGAAUCUACUACUGGAUAUUUUCUUUUUAUAAUAUUGUAAUACUGUUGGUGUGAUAUUUCAUACGGUGUAAAAAAACUGUCCUGUAAAUAUUACUCUUUCGGUUUAGGCUGAACCACUAUUUUGCUUCUGUUAGAUACAAUAAAAAAAUAAUGCUUCCAGGCUCAAAUUAAA